UUCAAUGUCGCAUACGGGUCACGGCUAUCACUCGAUGAGGAGGUUGAUGACAGGGAUCAGUACUCACUCGUCUGCACUCUUUGCAAGAUGCACCAGUCGCUCUGGUCUGCAGACUUUUCAUCAGAGGGAACUUGGGAGAAGGAUAGUGGGCCAGGGGCUAUCGCUGCUCGACCACCCAUACAUGCUUCAAACGCCUCAGCCGUCGUGCUGCUCGUCCACUCGUACCUAGUGUGUCGUAAUUGCAAUCCCUCUAGCGAGUGCUGUAAUAACCAGAGCGACAAGCCAGCGAGCCAGCUAGGCAAGUGCCGGGUGAUCGUUGUUGGAUCUAUAUUCUCUUCCCCCUUUUACGCUUUCCAUCUUGGCUGUGCACUCGAGACAUGGGAAAAACUCGUGCGGGGAGAAGUUAAAUCCAAACGAAAAGAAUAUAGGUUAGCCAGGAGGCAUCUAUCCAUCGACAGAAAACAGCAGCCGUGCACGAAUCAGAUCGAGUGGAGCAGGAGAGAGAGGCAGAAUGAAUGGGAUAUUUUUCCGCUGCACGAGGAGAAAGAACGACCAAAGUCAUCAGGAACCCCUACAGAUCCCUUGGUUGUGCACACCCUGCGUCUUUAUCACGAGGGCCGAAAUGGCUUCAUUGGGUUAGACACUCUUUCUGACGAGCAGG